AUGAGCAACACUCAAGACAUAAUCGCCUGGCUGGUCCCAACGGCACGCGGCACACCCGCCGAUAAAGCAACAAAUAUCCAGGCCAACAACUCCCGCACAGUAUCAACCUCCUCAUCAAGCUACCUAUCAUCCAAGUUAUCCGAUAUUUCCAGCAAACCCCAGCGCGCUAUUCAACUGUGCUUUAGCCGAGCGCCCCGUCGACUGGGCAGUUUCGUCCUCGGCACAGAUCCCAAUUUAUGCGAUGUGGUUCUUCCCAAGAUGGCUGGUAUUUCCGCGCAGCACUGCUCGAUUAGUUUUGACGCCGAGUCGAGGCUUGUGCUGGAUGAUUUUUCGGAGAGAGGCACACAAGUCUGGUAUGACUGGGAGUGCAGCGGAGAUCAAAGAGAUUAUUCGUGGAUCUUGAGCAGCGGCAGCGCAUACGGAUUUCCAAGCACCGUUCAACGCAUCGCUAUUGAUAUACAGGGUGUGCGGUUUCAACUCGUCGUCAAUGACCACUCGGACAAUUGGGACGCAUACAAGGCCAAUGUUGAUGCGUUUUGUGAACAGCCCUCCUGGACAGAUGGCUUCACGUCAGAUUGGGAUACUGAUGUCAUGUAUGCGCAGCCGCUAUUUCAACACAUUUUCGUCAAGGGACAUGGUGGUGAGCCCACGGGGGAGAUAUAUCUCUGGGACAUGUCUCGGCCGUGGGAACCGAUGGUGAGGGCCGCUGCUUGA